AUGCACAGAUGCAAGGCUGGGAUUCCUUUUGUAGGACAGAAGGAAUGGGAAAAGCUGCUGCAGACUAAAGAGGACUUACAGGAAACAUCCACUCUUUACCAGAAGAUCUCUGCAUUUCUGUCCCAUACGCAGCUUCCAGAUGUUAUCUGGUGGAGUGCAGAACUGGCCCAUCACUUCCAAAACCAGCCAUACCUACUGCUUCCUGAAAUUCCCUCCGUCUUGCUCAGUGACGUCACUGCUGUUGAUCCAGAUCCUCAGGCUGUGGAGAAGGUCUUUGCGGUUCCAGCUGGGUUUUACUGGCAGACAGUAGAAACUGCUGAGGAGUGUUUCCCUAACAGCAGCACCAUCGAGGCUAGCAGAGAUACGGACACUGAGGUUGCUAUGGUUUUGCUGUUCGAAACUCUGUUCCGACGUCCCCUAGCUCUCCACCACAUGUUACAGCUGCUCCUCAGUUCUGGUUUGGAUAUCUGUGGACUCCGCCUGCUCUAUCCUCAGCAUGACACGCUGCUCUCCAGCUCAGAAAAACUGCCUUCUUCCUAUACCUCGGAGACUGGCCACAUGCCCCCAGUACUGGCGUUGGGUGCGAGGGGGCCUGAGGCCUGCAGCACCCUGCAGAACAUCAUGGGCCCCUGGGACCCGCGGCUGGCCCGGGUGACAGACUGCGCUUCCAUCAACGGCCUCUACUGCGGGGCCCGCGCGGAGCCUCUCGCCUCCCUGCCGCGCCUGGAGAGCCGCGUGCGCAGGGAGCUGAGCCUCUGGUUUGGAGGAAGAGCCCUGCCUCGUGGCCGUCUCGGAGCAAGGUGA